AUGUCCCCAUCCACCAUGAACUCCCCGAAUAUUGCCAUCAUAGGGGGCGGCCUCGGUGGCCUCGUCCUCCUUCUCACCCUUUCCCGCCGUGGCGUCCCCGCCACGCUCUAUGAGCGCGAUGCCAACGCCAAUGUCCGCGCCCACUUUGGCGGCACCCUCGAUCUCGGCUGGACGAACGGUCAGCGCGCCCUGCGCGAGAACGGCCUCGAAGACGCCUUCAAGACUAACUCCCGGCCCGAGGGCGAGGAGAUGCGCAUAUACGACGCCUCCGGAAAGCUUCAUUUCCACAACGAAGGUCACGGCGAGGACGGAGGCCCCGCGCCCCCAGAGCGCACCCGCCCCGAGAUCGACCGCACCGUCCUCCGAAAGCUUCUCCUCGAUGCCUGCCCACCGGACUCCAUCAAGUGGGACCACGCUCUUACCUCCGCAACGCCCCUGGGCGACGGCAAGCAUUCCCUCGCCUUCUCAAACGGAUUCACCACCACCUGCGACAUCCUCGUGGGCGCCGACGGCGCCAACUCUCGCGUCCGCCCCCUCGUCUCCCCCGCCACCCCCUUCUACUCUGGGGUGAACGGUGCGGAGAUCUCCCUCACGCCCACCGUCGCCGCGUCCCCGGAGCUCGCGGACCCCGUCGCCGCGGUCGGGAAAGGUUCAGCGUUCGUCAUGGGCGAGAACAAGCUCUUCGCGUCCCAGGUCAACGGCGACGGCCGCCUGCGCACCUACACCCUCGUCCGCGCCCCCGCCGACUGGACACUCCCGACGGACCCCGCAGAGGCGCGCGCGACCCUCCUCGCUCUCUACGACGGGUUCGUGCCGUGGGCGCGGAAGCUUGUCGAGCACGCGGACCCCGCCGCGAUGUACCAGCGCGCGAUGUACGUCCUCAAGCCCGGACACAAGUGGACGCACCGCACGGGCGUGACGCUCAUCGGGGACGCCGCGCACCUCAUGACACCGUUCGCCGGGGCGGGAGCGAAUCUAGCGAUGCUCGACGGGCUCGAGCUCGCGCUUGUGCUGGUUGAGGAGAUUGGGAGGGGUGCGGAGGGCGAUGUCGAUGCAGGGAUUACGAGGGUGGAGGAGAACAUGUGCGCGAUGGCCGGUCGAGUCUCGCAGCAGAGUUGGGACAAUCUUCACGCGUUCGUGAACGAGAAGGCGCCCCAGUCCGCGCUGGAUAGGUUUGCGGAGUUGAUGGCAGGUCCGGAACGCGAGGGGUGA